AUGGCCAUUCCCAUGGGACCGAUGGGCACGAUGGGCACGAUGGGACCGGUGCAGGGAGCGAUGCCAGUGGGCAUCCAUGGCAUCCAGUGUCAGGUCUUGGUGCCUGUAGCCAUGGUGAGUUUCCCCGUGUCCCCAGCUCCAUCCACAGUGGCCUCUACCUCGGUUGGCUCUGAGACCGGGUCAGAAGGAAUGAUUUCAAGGCAGAGUUCGGAAUUGGUCUCCGAAACCGACGGCACCCCAGCCUCGCCCGAGCAACGUGACGUGGCAGCGAACCUCACCGGGGGCAGUGGCAUCUUUGGAUGCGUGUGGGACCUGUCCCAGCGAUCCAAGGGCUGUCGCCACGUGCAGGAGAAGGGGACAACCGGCGGUGAGAUGUUGCAAAGUUGUGGAGAUUUGGAGCGUUCCCAGCUGUCCCUAGAGCUCAAGGGACAUGUGUGGCAGGCGGCACGCUCUGCCUGUGCCAACUACGUUUUGCAGAAGUUCAUCCAAGUCUUGCGACCCCAAGCCUGUCAGUUCAUCAUUGAUGAGCUGCUUCAGCAAAAGAACGAAGUCACAGAUCUGGCCCGUCAUCAGUAUGGCUGUCGGAUUCUGCAGCGUUUGUUGGAGAAUUGCCACGUCGAGCAGAUGGAGCCUGUUGUGAAGCUCUUACUGUCUGAGGCGAUGACAUUGGUUCGCCACAGCUAUGGGACCUUUGUGAUGCAGGUCAUCUUCGACUUUGGGACUGAGGAGCAACGUGAACAGCUGGGUAUCACAUUACUGGAGGCCUUGAAGUCCAGUUCGCAGGAUGAGAACUGCGCGCAGGUCCUUAGCAAAGCCCUGCAACAUGCGCCACAGAAGGAGACCUUGGCUACUGCCAUGGUGCCGCACCUUCCCCAACUGGCGCGCGGUCGCCACUCGCACCACACCGUGCUGCCGGUGUUGCAACUGCUGCCGGAGGCCGAGUUGAAUCGGGCCAUGACGCUACUCUCCCAAAAGGCCACCAAGCUCUGGGCUUCUCGCUAUGGACGCCUUGUGGUGUCGCUUGGCGCCGGGAGAUUUCAUGGUGGGAUUUUUCCGAUGAUUUUAUGA